GAAACCAACGACGAGUCCACCACUCCACUCCGUGGCUCGGGCAGGCCGGCAGGCACUCGCCGAUCACUUCUCCGCUUCAGAUCCAACUCAAUUCGUUCGUUCGUUCGAUCGAUCGAGGCCAAGGAAUCCCACCAGGCCACCACCCCACGCCGGAAUUCGCCAGCGAAGCUUCCUCGGAUUCCCCAUUCCCGCCACCCAAUUCCGCCGGCGAUCUCGGGUUUUCAGUUCGAUUCGGCCGGGUUCGAGGCGGGGGGAUGGGGGUGGAGGGCACCGUCAACGGCGGCGAGGAAGGGCUCGCGGCGGCGCCGUACGAUAGCUGGGUCCUGCUCCGCCCUGCCGACGGGUCCUCCCGCCCGCCCGCUCGCUACAAGCAUGCUGCGGAAGUGAUUCAAGACAAACUUUAUGUGGUCGGGGGGAGUCGAAAUGGCCGUUCUCUAUCAGAUGUUCAGGUCUUUGAUUUUAGGACAUUCAAGUGGUCAGUGUCAAGCCCUAGUCGAGAUUCAAACCAGUUGAAUCUUGAAAAUAAUGCUGGAAACCAGCCAUUCCCAGCACUAGCAGGCCAUAGUUUGGUGAAGUGGAAGAAUAAUCUUGUGGUUGUAGCUGGGAACUCCAGAGCAUCAUCAUCGAAUAAGGUUUCAGUUUGGCUUAUCGAUGUAGAAACAAAUAGCUGGUCUGCUGUUGAUACGUAUGGGAAAGUCCCAGUAGCUCGAAGUGGGCAAUCCGUAUCGCUAAUUGGUUCUCAGUUAAUAAUGUUCGGUGGAGAGGAUAACAAGAGGAGGCUUCUGAGUGAUCUUCAUAUACUUGACUUGGAGACAAUGAUAUGGGAGGAAAUCAAGACAGAGAAAGGUGGCCCAGCUCCUAGGUAUGAUCAUUCGGCUGCUGUUUACGCUGACCAUUAUCUUCUAAUCUUUGGCGGUUCCUCUCACUCCACAUGCUUCAGCGAUAUGUACUUACUUGACUUGCAAACUCUGGAGUGGUCUCAACCUGACACUCAAGGUGCAAAUAUAACUCCUAGGAGUGGCCAUGCUGGUACGAUGAUUGAUGAAAAUUGGUAUAUAGUUGGUGGUGGAGAUAAUGCAAGUGGUUCCACUGAUACGAUCGUAAUGAAUGCUUCUAAGUUUGUCUGGUCUGUGGUUACCAGUGUGUCAAUUCGCGAUUCACUUGCCUGUGAGGGUCUCACUCUUUGCUCAACCACAAUUGAUGGGGAAAAGUUUCUAAUUGCAUUUGGUGGUUACAAUGGGAAAUACAACAAUGAGGUCUUUGUGAUGAAACCCAAGCCAAGAAAUUUUGUGCAACCUCGCCUUCUCCAAUCUCCAGCCGCCGCCGCUGCCGCUGCUUCUGUUACAGCUGCCUAUGCUGUAGUAACUGCUACUGAUGAGAAAACUAGAGAUAUUGUUGCUGCUGAUGAUUUAGAUGUGAAGAGAGCUGAGCCUGGAAGUUCAUCCAAACAAACUGUUGCUGAAAUUGAUGCACUCAAUUGGGAGAAAGGAAAACUAGAGUCUCAACUGGCAGAAGUUCGCGCUGAAAACUCAAAACUAAAGGAUAAACUUGAUACGGUGAAGUUGUCCUACAGUGAAUUAACAAAGGAACUUAGAUCAGUUGAAAAUCAGCUUGCUGCGGAAGGUUCAAGAUGCCAGAAACUGGAGUCCCAAAUUGCUGCCACAAAUAAAAGGUUGCAAUCUGCUGAUUCUUUGGAGAAUGAACUAGAAGUAUUGCAGCAACAAAUAUCUCAGGUGGAACAAACCAUGACAACUGCACAGAGACGGAAAUCUGGGGGUGUGUGGAAAUGGGUGGCAGGAAGUGCAGAGGUCUCUGACAAUGAAUAGUCCGGUGAAGACAAGCAGCUAUCCAACAGCGGAUGAUGCAACCAAAGCUGCUACAGUUUUGAGACGGCUUGUUUGUCGCAGGCUACUGGGUGCCUCCUCAAGAUCUUCGCCGUGAUUGAUUUUGUCAAAAUGUCUCCGAAGACACUCUUUUGGAUCUUCUUAAGUGGCGGCACCUGGCAGAAAUUUUCCAUAGGCCAGUUAGAUAUCAUACAAGUAUAAUAUUGUAACACAUUGGAAAUACAGUUGGGGUUAUUAGCUUUCUUUUGUGUUUUUAACAUCACAUACCUUGUUGGAGUGGAUAUUACAACAAUAUAAAUUUGUUCAUUGGUUGUGGUGACCGGAGGAAGUACAUUUUUAUAGCUGUAAAUUUACAGAUAUACUGCCAGAUGUUAUUUAAUAUUUAUUCUUUUUGAUUGGUUC